UAAAAACAUAAGGUCCCGUAACUCUAGUCUAGAUCCCCUUUGUUGUUGCGCUUGAAUCUUGAGUACUUCUCCCAUGGAGUCUCAAGUUUAUGUGCCCAGAUGGGCGCCAGGUCCGAGCCCAACUACAUCGCCUCCAAAAGAGGCCAUGAAGAGUGAGAGAGUUGAUGAUCUGGAGACUGGGAGCAUAGUAUCUGAGGAAGACAGGUCUUCCACCAUGGGAAGGCUGUUUCCUUUCAGCGUUGCUUCCAUAUCUGAUAAUACUGGACAACCUCCACAUUCAGAUAUCCAUGAACUUCCCUCGCUAAGAAUUGAAUCCAACCUUAUUACGUCACUACAAACGGAAUUAGGUUUACAGCACAAUGGAGUCGAGAACUUCUUUACGUGCAAUGAUAUUGGCCUCAACGGCGUAUUCUUGACAUGGAAGGACCUGUGGGUGACUGUCUCUGACGACGAAAGUGGACGCCGGGCAAUCCUUCAGGGACUAGCCGGGUAUGCUCAGCCGGGUGAGGUAUUGGCCAUCAUGGGUCCUUCUGGUUGUGGCAAGUCAACUCUUCUUGAUGCGUUGGCAGGGAGAUUAGCUUCAAACACAAGGCAGUCUGGGGAGAUUCUUGUCAAUGGUAGCAAACAGAGACUUGCUUUUGGAACUUCGGCCUAUGUGACUCAAGAUGAUACUCUGAUGACCACAUUAACCGUAAGGGAAGCUGUUUACUACUCUGCACAGCUCCAACUGCCAGACUCCAUGUCCAGAUCUGAAAAGAAGGAAAGAGCUGAAAUGACAAUUAGAGAAAUGGGGUUGCAAGAUGCCAUGAACACUAGAAUAGGAGGGUGGAGCGUAAAAGGCCUUAGUGGUGGACAAAAGAGGAGGGUUAGCAUUUGCAUUGAAAUCCUGACACGCCCCAGGCUCCUCUUUCUGGAUGAGCCUACCAGUGGGCUAGACAGUGCAGCUUCUUACCAUGUUAUGAGCCGCAUCGUUAAGCUUGCUCGUCAUGAUGGAAUAACUGUUAUUGCAUCAAUCCAUCAACCUAGCAGUGAAGUUUUUGAGGUCUUUCACAAUCUCUGUCUUCUCUCUUCUGGUAAAACGGUAUACUUCGGUUCUGCUUCAAUGGCAAAAGAGUUUUUUGAUUCGAAUGGCUUCCCAUGCCCGGCUCUGAGAAACCCAUCUGAUCACUACCUUAGAACCAUAAACAAGGACUUCGACUCGGAUACUGAACAAGGGCAUGGUGGCACCACCAACACGGAAGAAGCCAUUAACACUCUCAUAAAGUCCUACAAGUCAUCUGAGAUUUGCCAACAAGUUCAGUGCCGGGUAUAUGAGAUCUGCAAACUGAAAGGAGGACUACUUGAGAAAAAGGGAAGCCAGGCUAGCUUCAUUACCCAGUGCCUUGUUCUUACUAGGAGAUCCUCUGUGAACAUGUACCGUGAUCUAGGCUAUUACUGGCUCCGUCUUGCAAUCUAUAUUGCGUUGUGUUUAUGUGUGGGAACUAUCUUCCAUGAUAUUGGCUUCAGCUAUGGCUCAAUUCAGGCUAGAGGAUCCAUGCUCAUGUUUGUUGCAGCAUUCUUGACUUUCAUGGCAAUUGGGGGGUUCCCUUCUUUUGUGGAGGACAUGAAGAUAUUUGGGCGAGAAAGAUUAAAUGGUCACUACGGUGUUGGCGCAUUUGUGGUGGGGAACACGUUGUCUUCCAUUCCUUACUUGCUUAUGAUCUCUUUGAUUCCUGGAGUAAUUGCGUAUUACCUUGUUGGACUUCACAAGGGGUUUGAACACUUCGUCUACUUUGCUUUGAUGCUAUUUGUAUGUAUGAUGUUGGUUGAGAGCCUAAUGAUGAUUGUGGCGAGCAUCGUGCCAGACUUCCUCAUGGGAAUCAUAACAGGCGCAGGAAUUCAAGGUGUGAUGAUGUUAAACGGGGGCUUCUUCCGAUUGCCAAAUGAUCUUCCUAAGCCUUUUUGGAGAUACCCAAUGUACUACAUUGCCUUCCAUAAGUAUGCAAACCAAGGCUUCUACAAGAACGAGUUUCAAGGAUUAACAUUCCCUAACAAUCAAGCAGGAGGACCAGCCACCAUUACUGGUGAAGAAAUCUUGCAGAACGUUUGGCAAGUGGAGACGGGUUACUCUAAGUGGGUUGAUGUUGCUAUCUUAUUUGGGAUGGUGGUUCUCUAUCGACUCCUAUUUCUGGGAAUUAUAAAGACUGUUGAAAAGGUUAAGCCCAUGAUCAAAGGUCUGAUGGUUGCCUCUCCUGAGAAAUCCAAGCAAAUCAUAGAAAAUCCCCCGUCAUCCCCCUAUUUACAUGAAGCAAAAAUGUAGUGAGAUCUUCAUAAUCUUGUCCGUGGUGUACUUUGAUGUUCCUAUUGGUUAGCUUACUGAGAUAUGCACUACAUGGUACAUCAAUUAUGUAAGAUUAGAAGAAAAACGCCAUGGGCGGAUGAAGUAGUAGAAUUAUCCAGUAAGUUUGAAUGAAGUAACUACACAUAUUAUAUAUAUAUGAUAUGUAAAAAGCUUAAUUGCCUUGCCUUCUUCCAA